AUGGAAAAGAAAACUAAUGAGAACUUUCGCCAGUAUGCUCGGAGAUGGAGGGAGGUAGCAGCACAAGUUCAACCACCACUUUUAGAGAAGGAGAUAACCAUGCUUUUUAUCAAUACCUUGAAAGCUCCAUUUCUCAAUCACAUGUUGGGCAGUGCCACUAAAAGCUUUUCAGACAUAGUGAUGUCUGGAGAAAUGAUAGAGAACGCCAUAAGAUGUGGCAAGAUUGAAGCAGGAGAAAGUACUAAAAGGUCGGCUCCAAGGAAAAAGGAACAUGAGAUAAACAAUACAAGCACGUUUAACAGGGACCAUUCUAAAUCAAUCACGGAAUCCAAUCCAAGGCCAAAGGUAGAGAAACUUCAAUUCACACCCAUCCCAGUGACGUAUAGGGAAUUGUACCAGAACUUAUUCGAUGCACGUGUGAUAUCUCCAUUUUACCUCAAACCUAUGCAACCUCCAUACCCUAAGUGGUAUGACGCAAGCGUUCAAUGCGAGUAUCACGCGAGGACCAAGGGGCACUCAAUUGAAAACUGCACUGCAUUCAAGAAGUUAGUUGAAAGACUUAUCAAUUUGGGGAUCGUAAAGAUAGGUGACUCAUCAGGACCAAAUGUAGCAGAGAAUUCGUUGCCCAACCAUGAUAAUAAAGGGGUGAAUGCGAUAAUUGAAUAUGGAGGAAGGAGAGUCAAAGCCAACAUAGCAGAGAUAAAGACCCCCCUUGAAUGGGUUUGGAAACAAAUGAUGAAAAGAGGUCUCAUCAAGCAAGUUUCAAUAGAAAGGCCUGAAGGAACAAAGAAAUUUUGCGAGUUUCAUGCAGAGGAAAGCCAUGACAUCCAAGAUUGCACCGAGUUCAGAACUAUGAUGCAAAACUUAAUGGAUAGCAAAGAGUUGGAGUUUUAUAAAGAGAUUAAGGGACUAGAAGGAGGAGAGGUUUAUGCUGCAGAAGAAGGAUCCACGGGGAAAGCCCAAAAGGCUAAUUACCCGGUGGUAAUUAUUGCAAAACCAAUGAGCAGAGAAUCUGGAAUACAAAUAGCACCAAAGGUCGUAAUCCAAAAACCUGUAUCCUUUCCCUACAAGGAUAGCAAAAAGGUUCCUUGGAAUUACAACUACAAUGUAACAAUCCCAGGAGAGGAGAGCUUGGUAAAUGCUUCAGGAGAGGAUGAAGGAUUGUAUACACGAAGUGGAAAACGCUAUGAUCCGGCAAACGCAAGAGUGGAGUCUGGAAAAGGAAAAGCCUUAGCGGUUGAAUUGGGAAAAGCAAAGACAGACAAAAUUGAGCCGCGCAUCAAUCAGCCGAUACAUCGAAUGCUACCGAUUAAGGUGCUAAAUGAAACUUACGUCGCUGAUGAUAUCUCAGUGAAUAAGUUGGACCGUUUGGUUAAUAAUAUCAGUGCCGACAAUUUCAUCUUCUUUAAUGAUGAUGAAAUACCGCCCGGGGGAAGAGGAACCACCAAAGCCUUACAUGUUUCUACUUCUGGAAACAUAUGUUGUCAAGAGUGCUAA